AUGCCAAGAAGCGACAAUUCAUGUCCCUUUGUCGUUGAGAAGUCAGAAGUGGUUCUUGUGAAACCCUCAAAGCCAACACCUGAUGUCACUUUGUCUCUCUCUACCAUUGACAACGAUCCUAACAACGAAGUAAUCCUGGACAUCCUAUGCGUCUUCUCCCCAAACCCAUACGUUCGAGAUCACACCAACUACCAUCCGGCUUCUUUUAUUCAACUCGCCCUCUCUAAUGCCCUUGUAUAUUAUUACCCUCUCGCCGGAAAACUUCACCGACGGACGAGCGACCAGACACUCCAAUUAGAUUGUACGCAAGGCGAUGGAGUCCCCUUGAUAAAGGCAACGGCCUCGUGCACUCUCUCUUCUCUCAAUUACUUGGAGAGUGGUAAUCACUUGGAAGCAACAUACCAACUUGUUCCUUCACACGACACUUUGAAAGGUUGUAAUCUUGGGUAUAGGCCUCUUGCUCUACAGAUCACUAAGUUCACAUGUGGAGGAAUGACUAUUGGCUCUGUUCAUUCUCACACCGUUUGUGAUGGUAUUGGCAUGGCUCAGUUUUCUCAAGCCAUACUUGAACUGGCCGCCGGAAGAGCCCAACCCACGGUCAUCCCCGUCUGGGACAGACACAUGAUCACUUCUAACCAAAUUAGUACUCUAUGCAAGCUCGGGAACGACAAAAAUAAUCCAAAACUCGUUGAUGUGGAGAAAGAUUGUUCUUCGCCCGAUACACCAACGGAAGACAUGGUCCGUGAAAUUCUGAACAUUACAUCCGAAGACAUCACUAAACUCAAGAACAUAAUUAUCGAAGAUGAGAACCUUACCAAUGAGAAGGAGAAGAACAUGAAGAUCACGACCGUGGAGGUUCUUGCGGCCUACGUUUGGAGAGCAAGAUGUCGAGCCAUGAAGCUAAAUCCCGACACGAUUACGGAUUUGGUUAUAUCCGUCAGCAUCCGCAGCUCUAUCGAGCCUCCAUUACCUGAAGGCUACUAUGGAAAUGCCUUCACUCAUGCUUCCGUGGCAUUGACAGCGAAAGAGCUAAGCAAAACACCGAUAUCUCGCCUUGUGAGGCUCAUAAAAGACGCGAAGAGAGCGGCGCUUGAUAAUGGAUACGUGUGUGAGCAACUUAGAGAGAUGGAGAAUACAAUGAAGCUGAAGUUAGCUUCCAAGGAGAUCCACGGAGGAGUUUUCAUGAUGCUGACUGAUUGGCGUCAUCUUGGGUUGGAUCAAGACGUUUGGGGAGGUUUAGUGAACAUUAUACCUUUGGUUCCUCUGACACUGCCCUUUUUGUGUGUUUUGUUACCAGCGUCAAAAGCGGUUCCGGGGAAGAGCGGUGGUGUUCGGGUGCUGACAACACUACCUAGGGACGCGAUGGCCAAGUUCAAGGAAGAGAUAGAUGCAGUACUCCAUCCGUGA